AUGGUAAAGAAAAAGAUAGACAACCGUAUCCGUGUGAUGAUCGAAAAUGGUGUCAAGAUGGGUCACCGUACAAUGUUCGUUAUAGUUGGCAAUAAAGCCCGAGAUCAGGUGCCCAUACUCUACGAUAUCCUGACUAAGGCAUCUGUUAAAGCGCGACCUACGGUGCUGUGGUGCUACAAGAAUAAGGACGAAGCAAUUUCAAAUCAUGGUAAAAAGCGAGCGAAAAAGAUACAAGCCGGCAAGAUCGACAUCAACGAGUCGGAUCUAUUCGAUGCAUUUCGGGUAGCUACUACGAUCCAUGGCCGUUACUAUAAGGAUACGCAUACCAUUCUUGGUAAAACGUAUGGUGUGUGCGUACUGCAAGAUUUCGAAGCCCUUACGCCAAACCUUUUGGCACGUACUGUCGAAACUGUUGAGGGGGGUGGUUUGAUCAUUUUGCUGCUUAAAACGAUCUCGUCCCUCAAGCAGAUUUACACUAUGAGCAUGGAUGUGCACAAGCGCUACCGGACGGAAGCACACCAGAACGUAACGUGUCGCUUCAACGAACGUUUGAUUCUAUCGCUAGCCGACUGUUCCCGUUGUUUGCUGGUGAAUGAUGAUUUAACCGUGCUCCCAUUAUCUUCUCGCACGGCUGACGUAAAACCGAUCGAUAUUGCUUCGAUCGAAACCAGUCAUAGUGAGCAACUUGCAGAACUGAAGGAAAGUUUGGCAGAUGCACCACCAGCGGGACCAUUGGUGAGUUUGUGCCGAACGUAUGAUCAGGCGAAAGCUGUAGCUCAGUUUAUCGAUGCGCUGGCUGAAAAGCAACUGAAACCUCCAACUUCCCUAACUGCCGGUCGCGGACGUGGAAAAUCUGCCGCCAUGGGUCUUGCUAUUGCUGGUUCGAUAGCAUUUGGCUACGUAAAUGUGUACGUAACGUCGCCAUCGCCGGAAAAUUUGAUCACUCUAUUCGAAUUCAUACUCAAAGGAUUCGACGUUUUGGAGUACCAGGAGCACACGGACUAUACGAUCAUACGCUCGACGAACCCAAACUUCAACAAAGCGAUCAUUCGCAUCAACGUAACACGAAACAACCGGCAAACGAUUCAGUACAUUUCCCCGACGGAUGCACAUCUGCUAAACGCCGCUGAUUUACUGAUCAUUGACGAAGCAGCAGCUAUCCCGUUGCCAAUGGUUAAAGCAAUGUUGGGUUCGUAUCUGGUAUUUAUGGCUUCUACAAUCAAUGGAUAUGAGGGAACUGGGCGAUCCCUUAGCUUGAAGCUAUUAUCGCAAUUACAAAAGGAAAACAAUGCUCCACUACCGAUUAAGCUUGAUGAAUCGAUUCGCUACAGUCCAGGCGAUCCCGUCGAAUCAUGGCUUACGUCACUGUUAUGUCUCGACGCUACAAUUGUGCAGAAUUUGAAUUCCGGCUGUCCGCCACCGGACGAGUGUCAGCUUUAUUAUGUGAACAGAGACGCACUGUUUUCCUACCACCGGGCGGCGGAAACAUUCCUUCAGAGGAUUGUAUCAAUUUGCGUAUCGUCACAUUAUAAGAACAGUCCAAAUGAUUUGCAGAUGAUGAGUGACGCUCCAUCACAUCAUCUUUUUUGCCUUCUAGGUCCGAUCGUAAAAAAGAAUCAAUUGCCAGAAAUCCUGGUCGUGAUUCAGGUGUGUUUAGAGGGAGAAAUAUCUUCCCGUACAAUGCAAAACUCGCUCGUGCGCGGUAUGAAAGCGUCCGGUGAUUUAAUUCCGUGGAAUAUAGCGGAACAGUUUGGUGAUCAUGAGUUCCCAAAAUUGUCCGGAGCGCGAAUUGUACGCAUAGCAACACAUCCUAACUAUCAACGUAUGGGGUAUGGAAAACGCGCUCUAAAUCAGCUGAAGCUUUAUUACGAAGGAAGGUUCCCCAUCGAAACGGAUGGAAUCGAUGAUGAGCAAGGAAACGACAACGGUAUCGAAACAAUUGAUGAUGAGGACGUAGAUUUGCUGAAAGAAGUAAUUGUGCCGAGAAAGAAAAUUCCAACAUUGCUGAAAUCGCUCACUGAACGGAAACCAGAGUUGCUGGAUUACCUUGGAACAUCGUAUGGUCUGACCGGCGAAUUGUUGCGCUUCUGGAAGAGUCAAAAGUUUGUUCCCGUAUACCUAAGCCAGAAGGAAAAUGAUCUUACAGGAGAGCACUCGUGCAUCAUGCUCAGUCCGAUCAACUCCAACGUUGAGCGGGUAGAAACUAACGAAUGGUUGAAUCAUUACUUUUACGAUUUCCGUCGACGUAUACUAAAACUGCUUGGAAAGUCGUUUAACAAAUUCCCCACCAGUAUGGCGCUUUCUUUACUCGAAAAUCGGGCAGUUAAGAUGGAAGGCAAAGCAUUGACGCAAACGACAAUCGAUGAAAUAUUUCUUCCGCACGAUGUACAACGACUGGAAAUGUAUAUAAACAGUCAAGUUGAAUACAAGCUGAUCUGGGAUUUGACUACCGAUCUUGCGUCUCUGUACUUUCAAGACAAGAUGGCCGGAGCUCGUCUUGAGACGCUACAUAAAGCAAUUUUACUCGGGUGUGGAUUGCAGAAUAAGUCGAUCGAUCAGAUGAUGGAAGAAUUGAAUAUGCCCAGCAAUCAGAUACUGGCAAAGUUUGCGGAUUGCAUUAAGAAGCUAACAAACUACAUGUUGCAAACGAUGGAAAAUACGAUUGAGAGAACUAUGGCAAAGCCAAGCGAGUUAAAUAUGGGAGAAAAUUUGAUACCAUUGAAGCAGAGCCUUGGUGAAGAGUUUGCUGAAGAUGUAAAAACCUUAGAGAAGCAGCAAAAGCAGGAGUUGGCCAAGCUGAAAAAGCUUAACCUUGAUCAAUACGCAAUCAAGGGAACGGACGAUGAAUGGAACAAAGUGCUAUCUAACACCAAAUCCACGAUAGUGUCUAUUAAAAGUGGAGAAAAGCGGCUUAAAGAAACUACUGAUGAUACCAAUAUGUCAUCCGGUGGUGGGGACGUUUCCGCAUUUCAAAAGAAAAAAGCAAAAUUCGGCAAGAAGCAAAAGUCUCGCAAUAGCAAAGACUAA